AACAGCACCCCGUUUAAUUGGAGGAACUUCCAGUGUCGGCCGAGUUAAGAAUCUCUUCGAUUCCCCUUUCUUUUAAAAAUGUCCUCGUGUACGCCCAUGUGAAUGUGGGUGUAUUCACGAGGACUCCCUUUUACCUAUUCCUCCUGGUGGAUUCAACUUUUCUGUGGAUGGAGCACCUGUGGAUGCUUGGCUGUAUUUCCCAGGCUUAAAGAAUCUUACGUAAAGUGCUACGUAUGUUAUUUGCCUGUUUUAAGCCGUUAAACAUCUGAUGUGAUUCCUGUUGAAGAACAGUAAAUAAUAGUCAGCUUAUUACAAAAAUGGAUGCCGACAAAAACUUAAUUGAACGGAAUUCGGAGACCACUGAAACUCGAAAAUACCGAGCGCGCACGUCAUUGGAUCUCACGUUUAGCGAUCUCAGUUAUACCGUCGGAGAAGGAAAAAAUUGUAAGCAAAUUUUACACGAAAUUUGUGGGGUUUUCAAAUCGGGUCAGCUUUCAGCCAUUCUAGGACCUUCUGGGGCGGGGAAAAGUUCUUUGAUGAACAUUUUAGCAGGCUUAAAGAAAAGUGGGAUAUUAGGUCGAGUCGAAGUCAACGGGACUGAACGAGACUUCAAAACAUUCCGCAAACAGGCGGCGUACAUCACGCAACAAGAUUAUCUUUUGUCAGACUUAACCGUCGACGAGUACAUGACUGUCGCUGCUCAUUUGAAAUUGGGCAACAAAGUUUCCGUGAAGGAAAAGAAAUCUACAAUUGAGCAAAUUUUGAAGACAUUGGGUUUAACGAGAGCACAGCAGACGAGAGUGAAGUGCUUAUCCGGGGGUGAACGUAAAAGGCUUUCCAUCGCAUUGGAAUUAAUCGACAAUCCUGCCAUCCUCUUUCUGGACGAACCAACCAGUUCAUUCAAUAGCGGAUUGGAUAGCUCAUCGAGUUUGCAAUGCAUCGAUUUGUUGCGCAAUAUCGCCUUGAGUGGUCGGACGGUGAUCGCUACCAUCCACCAGCCAAGUUCCAGGUUGCUGGAUUACUUCCAUCAUCUGUACAUUGUUACUAGCGGUUCUUGCAUGUACCAAGGGCCCGUCGAAUCUUUAGUCCCUUAUCUCCAGAGCCUGAAUUUGAAAUGUCCAAAUUACUACAACCCAGCCGAUUUUGCAAUUGAUGUGGCUUCUGGAGAAUUUGGCGACGUCCUGCCCAAACUGAUAUCUGAAAUUGGAAACGGUCGCCGAGUUUUCCGGGAAUAUCCCUCGUCAUCCCCUGCAUCAACAGCAGCAUUCUUUAGUCACGAUUCAACGUUUUGUAACGAUAAGAAUGACAACUUCAGCAGAGAGGAAGGCAGACAAGCAGAGACUGGAGAUGGAAUUCAACAGCGAUUUAUGGGCACCGCUCCGUUUCAUACUCAAGUGACUAUUCUUCUUCUACGAGCGUUGAAAACUAUGUGGAGAGAAAAGAUUUUGACUCGGAUGCGCUUUAUUCUUCACGUAUUCGUGGCGAUUCUGAUGGGCCUUCUCUACUGGCAAGUCGGAGACGACGCAGCCUUCAUAUUUAACAAUGCUGGCAUGAUUUUUUUCAGCCAGAUAUUCAUUCUUUACGCCGCUGUAAUGCCAACUAUUUUGACGUUUACUUUGGAAAGGAAGGUACUGGUGCGGGAACAUUUGAACCACUGGUACAACCUCAAAGCGUACUACCUUGCCAAGACGCUGGCCGACAUUCCGUCCCAGAUUAUUCUACCGCUGGUCUACAUGGUGAUAGUCUACUUCAUGACGGGUCAACCAAUAGACUUUGAACGCUUCAGCAUGCUGUCGGUCAUCACAAUCUGGAUAUCGCUGAUUGGGCAAGGAUUUGGACUGUUCUUUGGAGCUGUUUUCAGCAUCGAUGUAGCUACUUUUAUCGCCCCCAUCGCCACCAUUCCAUUUCUGCUUUUAUCAGGAUUCUUUGUCCAUUUGAACCAUAUCCCGUCUUACCUGAGCUGGCUAACUUAUUUCAGUGUUCUGCGUUACGGUUUCGAAGGAUCGAUGUUGUCGGUUUACGAUAACAAUCGAACGAGUCUCGCUUGUUCAGACUCCUUCUGCCAUUUUCGCUAUCCUCAAAAGUUCCUGCAAUAUUUUGGCUUUGCUCAAAGUUCCUACUAUUUCAAUGUUGUCGGUCUUUUGAUUAUGUUCCUCCUAAUAAGAGUAGCUGGUUAUUUCGCGCUGCGUUACAAACUGAGACAUGUGCGUUGAGUAGUGGUUAAAAAAAAUGCCAGUUCUUUUUUAAAAGCCAAAAUAUUCUACUCCAAAAUAAGCCACACAAAAGAAAAAUACAACCUAACCUAACAAAUUCAUCGGCCUUGACCACCUUUUCCUUACCCAGUCCAUCAGGCCAAUUUUUCCUUCUCCUCCUUUCAACGUGAAGCCUAAUGACAUGUUUUUGUUCAGUUGGGCGUAUACUUAAGGUUGAUGCUAUCAGUUGUUAUUUGGAGCCCUUGCGGAUACGUCAUAAUUCGUGUUCACUCUUAUAUGGUGAAGAAACGGAAGAAACUUGAUAGUUAGAAUGUGUGACAUCAAAAUGCGUGUAUUGUUUAUUAUUUUAGGAUCGCUUUCCUAAUUUUUUUCUCUGAUUAAAUUUAGGUACCAUAUUUGACAAUAGAAAUCGAUGAAAAAUAGAGAAGUUAUGUAACAGGAUGUUUAAAAAUGUAAUAAAGACUCGAGUUUCUUUAUCUGG